CUAUUGUUUUGACGGUGUGAAGACGGGGUAGAAAAACGGACCAUUUAUCUAGCUUAUCCAAAUCGAAAGUACAAAGAAAUGGCUCUCCUCACCUUUAAUCCACUUACCUGUCUCUCUUCUUCUCCGGUUCGUUCUUGCUCAACGUCGUUGCCCAUCGUUGUUUUACCAAUUUCCAGGUUGCGGGUGAAUAGAAUCGAUGACCAUUGUUCAAAAUGUUCAAUUGGCACACAGUUUGUCCCCAGCAAGAAAAGAUCGGUGAUGACUGUGAAAGCAUCUUCUGCAAGUACUGAUGGCGAGGAACAGGUUCCGGCGGAAAGCAAGAAGGAAGAUUUACCAGUAGGGCAACUUCCUUUAGAAUCAAAGAUGCAGCAGAUGGCGGAGCAGAAGAUGAAGAUGAAGAUGGCGAAGAAGAUAAGGCUUCGUAGAAAGCGACUUGUCCGCAAGAGAAAGUUGAGGAAGAAGGGACGAUGGCCGCCUUCUAAGAUGAAAAAAUUGAAGAAUGUAUGACCUUUUGCUUACUCGUUUCAGCUUUCUUCUUCCUACUUUGUAGAUCUUAUAUACUGUUAUGCAGUGAUGACCUUAAUGAACUGAAUCUGCUGUUAUUCAAUUUCAUUAUGAAAACUGAAAGAUAAAUGCCUAAAGUGCUUGCCUGAUUUUGGCAUCUCUUAUGCGAAA